AUAGCUUAAAUGGGUCCGCUGUAUCGUAGUUUCCAUGGCCAGUGGCUCCUUUUCUUUUUCCCAGCCCAGAAAUCACAAAGGAUAAGAUGAUAACCCUUAGGCGGCUAGCGUACGGAUAAGAUGAUAACACUAGCUGCGCAAAUAUUAGCUGCAGAUAAUUGAUAAAAGCCCCUUUACUCUUCUUCUCAGUCCUUGCAAUCCCUCUGUAGCCAGAGGUCUAGAAGAGUUUUAUACUGUUCACCUCCUUCUCCAUGACACCCUUUCUCCCCCUCCACGUGUCCACUUCCUCUCGUUUCCUAUCCCAUUCCCUUCCCUUCUUCACCCGUCUCCCUCGCUUCAAAUCCCCAUCGCACCGAACCCAUCAUUUCCCUAUCCUCUCAAUCGCCAACAACCCCUUUCAACAAUCAAUCGAUAAGGACUUCCCAACACAGCAGCAGCAGCAGCCAAGGACGCUUUUUCCUGGGGGUUACAAGCGGCCCGAAAUCAAAGUCCCCAACAUUGUCCUCCAGCUUGUCCCCGAUGACGUUUUGAGUGGCGAUGAUGCCUUGGAUUUCAUUGAUAAGGCCGUGUCUAAGUGGGUUGGAAUCGUGGUCCUCAAUGGCGGUGAUGGCAGUGGGAAGACACUGUACGAGGCUGCUUGUUUGUUGAAGUCGGUUGUGAGGGAUCGUGCGCGUUUGUUGAUUGGAGAGCGCGUUGAUAUCGCUGCUGCUGUUAAUGCUAGUGGGGUUGUGCUCUCCGAUCAAGGUCUUCCUGCCAUUGUGGCAAGAAACAUGAUGAUGGAUUCCAAAUCUGAAUCUAUAGUUCUCCCAUUGGUAGCUAGAAAUGUGCAGAAUUCUAGGGCUGCCUUAAAUGCAUCUAAUUCUGAAGGUGCUGAUUUCCUUAUAUAUGGUCUUGAACAAGAUAAAUAUUUUGAUGAAAAAAUGUUCUCUGGAUUUGCGGAUGUGAAAAUACCAAUCUUUGUUAUUUAUGCUUCACAUAGAGUGGGUACGUCAAUUAUGGAGGGAUUGCAAUUGCUAAAAUCUGGUGCUGGUGGUUUAGUUAUGUCGUUAGAAGAUUUGAGGUUGUUCAAUGAUGAAUCUUUUAGCCAAUUUUUCAACACUGCAAGUGCAGUGGAGAAAAAAACAGAAAAUGAGCCUGAAAGCCUCAAUAAGCUCAAACCAUCAGAUGUAGAAAAUGGUACUAAUGGGAAAAAGAGGGUGGCAGGCUUUGUUAAAUUGGAGGACAGAGAAAAACAGCUCAUAGAAACAGAGAGAUCAAUAUUAUUUGAAUGCAUUAAUGUUAUUCAUAAGGCUGCUCCUCAGAUGAAGGAGGUUUCACUUCUAAUUGAUGCUGUUUCUCAACUUGAUGAGCCAUUUUUACUGGCCAUAGUGGGUGAAUUUAAUUCUGGUAAAUCAACUGUUAUUAAUGCACUUCUUGGAGAAAGAUACCUUAAAGAGGGUGUUGUUCCGACAACCAAUGAGAUUACUUUCUUACGCUAUUCUAAGUAUAAUUCUGAAGAGCCACAACGCUGUGAAAGGCAUCCCGAUGGUCAAUAUAUAUGUUUCCUUCCUGCUCCAAUUCUUAAGGAAAUGAAUAUUGUUGAUACACCUGGGACUAAUGUCAUUCUUCAAAGGCAACAACGCCUUACUGAGGAGUUUGUGCCUCGUUCAGAUUUGCUUCUGUUUGUCAUUUCUGCUGACCGCCCAUUAACUGAAAGUGAGGUGGAUUUUUUGCGUUAUACUCAACAGUGGAAGAAGAAAGUUGUGUUUGUGUUAAAUAAAUCUGACCUCUAUCAGAAUACCAGUGAGCUUGAGGAAGCCAUAUCAUUCAUCAAGGAGAACACAAGGAAUUUGCUGAGCACUGAAAAUGUGAUAUUGUAUCCAGUCUCUGCUCGGUCUGCUCUUGAAGCGAAAUUGUCUGCUGCUUCUGACACUAAACUAGAUUAUGACGAAUCUUUAGUUUCAGAAUCUCAUUGGAAGAUCAGUAGCUUCUAUGAACUUGAGAGGUUCUUAUAUAGUUUUUUAGAUGGCUCAACAGAAACAGGACUGGAAAGGAUGAAGCUUAAACUUGAAACGCCAAUUGCAAUUGCUGAUCGAAUACUUUCUACUUGUGAAACUCUUAUGAAACAAAAAUGCCAAUAUGCCAAGCAGGAUCUGACCACUGUAACUGAAUUAAUUGAUAGUGUGAAAGAGUUGACAAUGAAGAUGGAAAAGGAGAGCAUCACUUGGAGAAGAAAAACCUCAUUGCUGAUUGAAACAACAAAAUCCCGUGUUCAGGAGCUUAUUGAAUCCACUCUACAAAUAUCAAAUAUUGAUCUUGCCACAGCAUAUAUUUUUAAAGGGGAAAAAUCUGCGAUGACUCCCGCAGCCAUCAGGGUUGAAAAUGAUAUAAUUGGUCCAGGAGUUCUAGAUGCAAAAAAACAACUUGAAGAAUAUGCAUUAUGGUUAAAAUCAAAUAGUUCUCGUGAAGGGAAGCUAUACCAAGAAUCUUUUGAGAAAAGAUGGCCUUCAUUUGUCAAUUCAAACACACAGAUGCAUUUGGAGACCUAUGAGUUACUGGAAAAAGUCGAUGACGCCAGCUUGAAAGUGAUUGAGAACUUCAGUGCUGGUGCAGCUUCCAAGCAUUUUGAACAGGAAAUCCGUGAAUUGUACUUGGGAACAUUUGGUGGACUAGGAGCUGCUGGUUUAUCAGCCUCUCUUCUGACAUCUGUGCUACCUACAACUUUAGAAGAUCUUCUUGCUCUUGGCCUUUGUUCUGCUGGAGGGUUUAUAGCAAUUUCAAAUUUCCCAUCCCGCAAGCAAGGCUUAAUGGACAAGGUAAGUAGCAUUGCAGAUGGGUUGGCACGCGAAAUUGAAGAGGCAAUGCAGAAAGAUCUCUUGGAAACUGUUGUGAACUUAGAGAACUUUGUGAAAACAAUUGGCAAGCCUUAUAAAGAUGCAUCACAACAAAGACUAGACAAGCUUUUAGAUGUUCAAAAUGAAUUAUCAGACAUCAAGGAAAAACUUAGAACACUGCAAGUUGAAAUACAGAAUCUUCAUGUAUCAUGAGUUGCAUUACAUUUUAUUGUUACUGAAUAAUGAGAGAAAAUUAAAGUGUAUUGUAGUGACGGCAGUCAAACCAGAUUGGUUGGGUAAUAUAUGUAAGAUGUUAUUAUGCAUGGAUGGGAACAUCCAUUAACAAGAAUGUUGUAGGAAUAAAAUUCAUGAAUUGUUUGCAGAACA